CACAAAGAGUACCUUAGCUGAACAAUAUAUUUACAGAUGAGAUUAUCCUUGUUUAUAUCCACAGAUAUCUCAAAUAUGGAUCCACUUUUUGGAUUAAACGUAAUAGGUAAUCAUGAAACUCAGGAGUCAGAAGGCGGCGAAGCUGACCUACAUAGACAUCGUCAACAUUGUCCAAAGAAUCCAAGUCAUUCACAGUUUAUACCUGUUGAUAAGUUCACCUUGAACGAUCUUCCCGUAGGACACCGUGACCUAGAUCUUUAUGAUCUUAUAAAAGCCACACGUGACCUGACAAUCAGAGUCGCCGUUGAAAUGACCAGUCCCAACAGACCGGAACUUUGGCCACAUACGCAGAGCGCAUAUCCCUUUUACCACGAUAGAGAAACCACAAAGCUUAGAACAGGAAGUGGAAUGAUGGGGCGUGUCUACAAGUUUACUGACGGAGUUGAUCAAGAUGGCGACGAGCAUGUAGUCGACUACACAAAGUGUUGGUGCAGUCGCUGUGAAAACUCAGGCUCACCCAGCAAGGUAUGGUAUGAAGUUUCCAUUAACACGGCAACGCACGUGGUGUUUGAUGUCGUUGAAGCAACCCGUACGUCUUUUCGACUGUUUUAUGACAGAGAGGAUAGUCCCGUGGUCACUCUUAAUAAGGUCAAGGUUGUUGAUGUCAGCAUAGAGCAUGACAGUUGUGAGCUUAAAUGUGUAACAUGUGAUGAACGCCUGGGACUUAAACUCAAGGCACUGUGGGCCCACUACGACGUGGUCUGGAAGAAAGUCUUUAAUAGAUUUUUUAAAUCCAGAGAAAAGGACAAGUUGACCUUUAUAGUGUCCCAUCCUCAUGGGUGCUCCAAACAGAUCAGUGUUGGUCACUGGAUAGCGAAACACAAGGUGGGUGGAUAUAAUAAGUUCCACUACACAACCUGCACGUGUCCAGGGAGUAGUGGGGCAUUUGUCCAAUGUGUAGGCUAUAGUGGUGGCAGGUGGAGGUUCGAUCAGCUUGUCCACAGUGGAAGUUCCGAAACCAACUACAGCAGUGCUGCUUCUGUUUUAUAAAUCUGUCUGUGGCAUUUUUACGUCUCGAGAGACGAUCUUUUCCCUUUGCAACUUCUUGUGUGACUAAAGAGGCCAAUCCUUGAUACACAGCUGCGAUCGCAGGUUGGGCAUAUAUAAUCACCAGGCGCCGUUACAUUUUCACCCUUCUUUCUGCUUCUGUUGUGUAUGACAUCUGCAAUCCGUGACCCUUCCUUUAUGCUCUCUCUCCAUGUGGAUCUAUCCAGUGCCACCUCUUCCCAGCUGCCAGUUUCGAAUUUGAAGAGCUUCAUAUCGCGUUUGCAUACCUCCGUAUAACGUAAAAGUGGGCGACCAGCGGCUCUCCUGCCUUCUAUUAGAUCGCCAUACAGAAUGUCCUGUGGAAGUCGAUAAUUUCCGGAUCACUGCCUGAGAUAAUUUAGUAUUAGACAGCAGUUGGUGUGAACAUUGAAGAAAUACAUCCAUGUGACAUACCGGUAAAUCCCUUCGCUAUUUAUCAAGAAGGUUUGAAUUCGAAUCCGGAAUCAAUUGUUAGACUACCACCCCUCAAGUUCACCAAAAAGACUAGAGCACAAUGAGUUUGAUAUGAAAGAUGCUCUAUACAAAUAUUUUAAAAAAGAAACACUUUUUUUUUUCUUUUAAUGCACACUUGUGGAAAUGUCUGUGGUUAGACAUUUAGUUUUGUUUUGUUUAAGAACGCACUAGAACAGACUGAAUGUGAACGCACAUUUUAUAGUAACGACAUAAACAUUGAGUUAGAGAUUAGUGUAAACUUUUAGGUCAGUUAUUGCUAUGUU